AUGCAUUAUUCGCUAAUUCUACCACUUAUCACAACCCUGGCAGCCAUGAAAGCAGCGACAGCUACCAGCUAUGACUAUAUCAUCGUCGGUGGCGGCACGGCGGGCCUAACGGUCACCAACCGCCUGUCGGAAGAUCCAGCAGUCUCUGUCCUCGUCAUCGAACCUGGACAAAAUCGAGCUCAACAAUCCCAAUACUGGGCAUACCAGACUACCGAACAGAACUUCAGCAACCGCCGCCAGGUGAUGCGUGACGGAAGGGCGCUCGGAGGCACAAGUGUGAUGAAUGUACGGAGUACUUCUUCCUAUUCAGGUGCCGCUUACGCACGCGCGGAACGCGCUCAGAUCGACGCCCUUCAGGCUCUCGGAAACAAUAACUGGGCCUGGGAUAAUCUUUUCCCCUACUACCUCAAGAGCGAAAAAGUCCAACCUCCGAACAGCACGCAGAGUGCCGCCGGUGCGUCGAUUAUCCCGGAGUACCACGGGCAGAACGGGCCCGUGCAGGUCGGUUUUAUGGACCUUAUGCUUCAAGAUGAUCAAGGGGUUGAUCUCACGGCGGCUCUCAACCGCACACUUGCUUCCCUUGGGGUAUAUUGGAACCGGGACCUAAACACUGGGUCAAUGGGGGGAUUUGCGAUGCAUCCGUAUACUGUGGAUGCCCAAGGUGUGCGCAGUGAUGCAACAAGGGCCUAUUACACAGAUUUGAGGGCAGGGAGAAGCAAUCUUCAUGUUAUGCUGAACGCGUCUAUUUCAAAAAUUCGAUGGCAAGAGGCCGAGAACGAGCAAGGUUCUCUUGCUGCUGAGACUGUUGAAGUUAAGGACGGGUUUGGAAGUCGAGUGGUUCAAGCCAGGAGAGAGGUGAUUCUGGCCGCCGGCGCAAUGCGGUCCGCCGGGAUCUUGGAGCUCUCAGGAGUUGGAAAUCCACAGAUUCUUCAGAAGCAUGGCAUUCCGGUACAGAUCGAUCUUCCCAGCGUUGGGGAGAACCUGCAGGAUCAACUCAACACCUCCUUCGUUGUGUCCACCAGGUCACCAGUAACCGGCACACGAACCGUAGCCUUCGUAUCCGCCUCAGACCUUUUUGGCUCCUCUACUGACGGAGCCAUGACUAAGGAAGCUCUACAAUUGCUCUAUACAAGCCAGCAUGAUCUUAUUUUCAACAAAGGGAUCCCAAUUGGGGAGUUCGUGUUUAUUCUCGAUAACCCAAAUCAGAUCCAUGUCGGAUACUGGGGCCUUCUUCCGUUCUCCCGUGGGAAUGUCCACAUUUCCUCGUUGGAUGUGGCGGUUCUCCCAAGGUUGAGUCUGAAUUAUGGCAUGAUAGAUUGGGAUAUCCAGGUCCAAAUCGCGAUGUCCAAGUUUCUCCGCAUGGUCUUUCAAACCGGCGAGUUGAACGAGCUGAUCGAGGAGGAACUAGAACCUGGUUUCGCAAACAUUCCGGCCGAUGCGGACGAUGAAAUCUGGAAAGAUUGGAUUGCGGAGCAGUACACUCCAAGCUAUCAUGCUGUUGGGAGUACAUCGAUGCAACCGAGGGAGAUGGGUGGAGUACUAAACAGCCGGUUCAAAGUUUACGGUACUCGAAACGUCCGCGUCGUGGAUUCUUCCAUCCUGCCCGUCCAGCUCUGCGGGCAUCCCACAGCCAACAUCUACGCGAUCGCGGAGUGGGCUGCAGACAUGAUCAAGGAAGAUCGACUCUUUUCUGACAUGCGAAGAACCGGGCUUUAGAUACAAGACAUGAUUUGGAACCAUAGAUCUUGAGUGAAUCAGUCACCCUUCAGGGGUAGAAUCCGGGAGAUAAAGCACUGGGCUAAUCACUGUAUACUGAGUAUUGUGAAGAGCCGAAGAAUCAACACUUCUUCUAAUCUCCUAAAUCAGGCAAUCAAUCGAUGUGCAGGGUGAUCAAACAAAAGGAGAGAAAAGAGCUUCAUCUCGACGGUU